AUGGCUGUCCCUUCGCGGUUGUUUCUACGAGUCUUGGUGGCUCUGGUCGUAUUGGUUGUGUUUGUCACUCAAACCAAGCUCAUUCUCGCCACAAACUUGCUGAUGGCGUCUACUAGUACCAGUACCAGUACCAGUACCAGUACAGCGGACAGCAGUAAGGCAUUGGGCUGUGAAGACCAUGAUACACAUGAUGGAUUUGCGUCCAAAGAUCCCCAGAUAGCGAUAGGGAUCAUGUCGGCCUUUGAUUGGCAGCCAGAUGAUGGGUAUACCAAUUUUCGAGAGCUUCGUGAGGUCCAUCGCACCACGUGGAUGAAGCACGAGGCCGUGGAGAGUGGACAAGUCAAAGUCUACUUUGUCAUUGGCAACCGACAGCAUUAUACCCAAGGAGCAACUAGUCAAAAACAGAAAAGAAGAAGAAACAAUCUGACGUUGCUGUAUGCGGAAAUGGAACACUACCACGACAUUGUCCUGCUCAACAGCACCGAUGUCCACGAUUAUGGAAAAAUGAAUGCCUGGUACAAUUGGGCGGCCGAUCACAUGCCCACGCACUAUCACAUCAAACUCGACGACGAGUCCUUUGUGGUCCUGGACAAUCUCCUAAAAGCCCUCAACAACAAUAACCACACCCACACAACAAAGUUUCUUGGUGGAACCGGAGAACGCUUUGAUCGUGUCUUUCAGAACCAAACACUCUCUAAAAUUCCAUGGCUGCGGGGCAUGGGAUACAUCUUGUCGCAUGACUUGAUGGCAGGAUUGGGUCGCUGUCGGAGUCGUUUGCCCAUCAACACGGGAGAGGAAUACGAAGAUGUCUAUACCGCCUUGGCCAUUCGCUACUGUGGAUUGGACGAUGAUUCUCUCACAUACCAACCUACCAUGGUGGUACGAUCGCUCCCCUAUAUUCUCGCAUCCGGGUGUCGGCCCAGACGAGAUGUCCAAGACGCUAUUAUCCUUCAUGGUGGAGGAGCCAAGUCUAGUAGCAAUAAGAAUCACUUUCGUCACAUUGCCGCCACCACAUUUACCAAAUUGCACAGCAUUUACAAUCCACCUCCGGGAGAUACACUGUCGUCGUAUUAUUUUUGGAUCAAAUGGGAACGACUGCGCCAACUCUACCUGCAAGAUUUGAAUAUCUGUGAAAAUGCCCCCAAAGGCGAUUGGAAUUGUCUCCAUCGACACAAAAACUUGUCCUGCUUAUUGCAAUAAUAACAUCCAGACUAAUCACUGGGCAAUCACUGGCCCAAUAAUAAACGCUCACUUGCUGAAGGUACCGUACGGUAGGGUACCAAAAAAAAAAUAUGUAUCAUGAUCGGAUGAUAGCCGGGGAAUCACAGAGAGGCGUUCCUUGUUUUGCAUCAUUGCUCUUGAUCUGACUCUUUUGCAUGGGAUUUGCCAAUAACGUAAAAGCGAGUUUCAUGCAGUUUGUUACCCGCUGUAUGUAUGAUUGAUCGAUCGAUCAGAGGCUCUUUGGACGAGUCAAGAAAACAAAACAAAACUACUGUACCGGUAGGGCUUCCAUGGAUGCAUGCAUGCAUGCAUGAGGUUUGCGUGAACGGCAUGGCUCCACCUGCAAGUCUCGCCGCGUGCACUCCAUUCUCAAGUAAUUCUCGCCUCCGAGUACGAACUAAAACUUAUUGUUACA